CCUCGUUCUUUUAAUGGGUAACUUCAGCAUAAAACGAAUUAGAAAUGAGAUAAUUUCACCAAACGCUACAAACCGCUGUCCAUGUCAAUUCCAAGAAAAGCCAAAACUAGUGAAAUCAGAACAAAAAGUCCAGAACACUCUAUUCGUAGAUGUUAAUCGGCCGCCACCUGGUCCGAUUUUGGCUGAGUGUAGUGUCCUGGACGCAACGAUGGAUUCUACAGAGUCGGGUGAGGAAUCCAGAAAUCAGAAUUCCUCGGCAAUCUCUACUCCAAGGACUCCAACGGAGGAUGAGGUGCUGCAUAUAUACAGAAAUGUGUCCCAAUUGGCGGAUAUAGAACGCUAUCUGAAUAUAUUGUACACACCCUUUUCCUGCUUGGCCACCACCUCAUCCAAGUACGAUCUCUGGGAGCUGGAGAGUUUUAUUCCCCAUGCUCGGUACGAUCCCGAAAGACACUUGGCUGUUUCGGUUAAUCGUCUAAUGCCAGUGACCAGCCUGAAGAUAUAUCCCAAUGGCAAUAUAUAUUGUCAGGGUUAUAGCCGUGAUGCUACCCGUCGAGGUGUGAUCAAUAUAAUCGAAGAGCUGAGGGACUUGGGCUAUAACUCUCGUUUGCGGAGGUGUAAAUUUAAUGUGGUCAACGCCACUUUUAGUGUGCCCUUUCAUCUGAAUUUGGACCAACUUCACUUGCAAAAUCCAAGCUUUGCCCAAUACGAUCCCAUAAAGAACCCAUUUGUGACCUACAUAUUGUGGGGUACAAUGGUUAAGUUCGCCAUAUUUCCCACGGGCUACGUAUACGUAAUGUGUGCAAGCACUCGAGGACUCGCCAAGCUGGCCAUAGCAAAGCUUUUGCCUAUCCUGUAUUGUUACAAGGGUUCAGAGCAGGAUGAAAGCGAACAGAGCCUAAGCUGUGGCGAUAUCAACUACAAAGUGCUUUGGGAAAAAUAUUUUCAGGAUAACGACCCCUCAGACUAGUGGAAAACUUAUUGAAGAAGUUCUUGAACAAAUGAGAUCAAUUUAAAAAGAAGAGAGAUUACCAAACUUCCAAAAUUAUAUCAAUAAG